AUGGCGGGUAACAGCAUCGUCACUCUUGAUGAAGAAGGCAAAGAUGCCGUUGGUAACACUGGCAAGAGAGUGUGCGUCACCGGUGCAUCAGGGUAUGUUGCUUCCUGGCUUGUGAAACGCCUGCUUCACUCUGGCUACACCGUCGUUGGAACAGUGAGGGAUCCAGGAAACAAAAAUAAAACAGAGCAUCUAUGGAGGCUGGAAGGGGCAAAGGAAAGGCUUAAAUUGGUGGGGGCCAACCUCAUGGAGGAGGGCAGCUUCGACGAAGCGAUCGUGGGAUGUGAGGCCGUCUUCCACACUGCAUCACCUGUUCUUGCAGCCAAAGUCAUCGACCCAAAGGCAGAGAUAUUGGAGCCAGCAGUGCAGGGAACACUGAACGUACUGAGGUCCUGCAACAGAAACCCCGCCCUCAAACGCGUGGUCUUGACGUCGUCCACCGCAGCCGUGAGGGCUAGGGACGACUUCGACCCCAGUACUCCGCUCGACGAGUCGUCGUGGAGCUCCACCCAGUUGUGUGAGCGCCUCCAGAUUUGGUACGCCUUGUCCAAGACCUUGGCGGAGAGGGCUGCAUGGGACUACGCUGAGAAGAACAAGAUCGACUUGAUCACCGUCCUUCCCGCCUUUGUGAUCGGCCCCACCUUGCCUCGCCACCUCUGCUCCACCGCUUCCGAUGUUUUGGCUUUCCUUACAGGUGGUGGCGAGAAGAUGUGGAGGCACGGACGGAUGGGUUACGUGCACAUCGAUGAUGUAGCGCGUUGCCAUAUUUUGGUGCUUGAAGAUGCAGAGGCGCGAGGAAGAUACCUGUGCUGCUCAACCGUCCUGGAAACUGAGGAGUUCGCCUCCAUUUUCGCUGCAAGAUUCCCGAGCCUACCUAUUCCCACCAAGUUUGAAAACAUGCAGAAGGGCGGCCUCUACUAUGACUAUGAUAUGUCAAAGCUAAGGAGCCUGGGCUUCAAUUUUAAGGGGAUGGAGGAGAUGUUUGACGACUGCGUUCAGUCCCUCCGACAGCAUGGCUACCUUGCCGAUGCAAUAUGA